AAUACAAAAAAGCUUUCUGGAGUUUUGAUAUGCACACAAUCCGUUUGUGUAAACUUCCAACUCAGCUUCAUUUACAAAUCGAUGGAGUGGAAGUUAUCUGAAUCAUCGCCGUACACUGCUUGUUCUUCCGGGGAUUCUGCCGGUAUUUGUGGUUUUCCGAUCAACUUAUCGGCUGCUGUAACUCUUAUCCGCCAUUGAAGAUCUUUUGUUGAAGGAAAGCUGGCUAAAAGACAAGAAAUAAUGGUGCAGUUUUCGUCUUUCUUAAACGGAUUGACGAAAAAUAUUACAACAAAAAAUGGCAAGAAGCGAAGGAUCAAUCUUGGAAGAGAAGCUACAAUUGUUUUGGCCAAGGAAGCAAGGAAAAAUGGCUUAUUAUUGACUUCUCCCGGUAAUGUUAGUGCCAAAUGGUCUAGUAAUUACGUAUCGGCUUAUUCUAGGGGAGGGAAUAAAGGAAUAAAUCAAGAUUGCUUCAUUGUAUGGGAGGCAUUCGGAGGGAAGGAAGACGUUAUGUUCUGUGGAGUUUUUGAUGGGCAUGGUCCAUGGGGUCACCUGGUCUCAAAAAGAGUGAAGAAGGUAAUGCCGGCUUUUUUGCUUCACUACUGGCAAGAAGCUUCUGCUCAAUGUUCAGCCGGGUUGAAGAAUGCGAAUCUUAAUCAAUUUGGUAUGUGGAAGAAAUCGUUCAAAAGGGCUUGCUCGACUGUUGAUACUGAUCUUGAGCUUCAUCCUGUGAUUGAUUCAUUUUACAGUGGUACAGCUGCUUUGACCAUAAUCCGAGAGGGGGAACUCAUUGUGUUGGCAAAUGUUGGCGACUCUCGGGCAGUACUUGGAACCAGUUCGGAUGAUGGUAGCUUGGUAGCCGUUCAGCUGACUGUAGAUUUUAAACCAAAUUUACCUGAGGAAAGCGAGAGGAUACAUAAGUCCGGAGGGAGUGUGUGUGAAGCAGACGAUGAACCUGGAGUGUCGAGGAUUCGUGCUCCACAUGAGGAGUCCCCGGACGGUCCAGGACUCGCACUUUCGCGGGCUUUUGGUGACUUUUUUGUUAAAGACUUCGGUCUUAUAUCUGAGCCAGAUGUGAUCCAAAGAACCGUAACCACACGAGAUCGCUUCGUCAUUUUGGCAACCGAUGGGGUAUGGGAUGUCGUCUCAAACGAAAAGGCGGUCGAGAUCGUUUCAUCAGCAACGGAAAGGGACGAAGCGGCAAAAAGGAUCGUUGACUACGCAGCCGGUCAAUGGAAACUGAAACGGCCGGGCUAUGCAGUGGAUGACAUCUCAGUUGUCUGCCUGUUCUUCCACAAUCCAGUGGCAGAUCCAGAAAUCUUAUCAAGCGGUCACACAUAAACAUACAAAAUGAUGGCAUCGUUAAGAAACCGUAAAAAAAUUUGAUACUGCCCCCGAACAAUUUUGUGGUGGCACGGGAACCCGCUAAGCAUGUCUUAUUAUCGUUUUUAUGGUGUAAAUUAGUGUUUAAAUAGUUUGAACCUUUUUACCGUUUUCAAGUGUUCCUUUUUGGGAAUCUUUGUUUGUAUAACUUUAUAACCUUAAUGGCCAAUAAUUGGAUCCAAAUUUGGGAAGCUAAAUAUGUUGCU